UUUUUACACAAACGGCUCGUCUCUAUUUUCAUUUGUGAAAAGGACUCGGUUUUUUGAAGCUUCGCAGACCGAUGAGCCGCUGAGGAUCGACUGGUUAUUGACUUGUUAUGCCUGCAGAGAUGAUGGCGGCCUGACGGCUACAAACUGAUUUUUCGGUCGAGCUGAAGUAUGCUGCAAUGUGUUAGCCGCUCAGUCAGUAUAUCCGCGUCCCUGCCGAUUUUACAACAGUUCACACGGUUUCGUCAAACCGCCAGAGUUGUUUCAAACCUCGAAAUGAGUGACCCAGCAGUGAACAGGGUGGUGAGUAACAUCAUUCGCUCUCCAGAAGACAAGCGUGAGUACAGAGGACUGGAGUUUACCAAUGGCCUGAAAGCGAUUCUUAUCAGUGACCCCACCACAGACAAAUCAUCAGCUGCGCUUGAUGUCCACAUAGGUUCAUUGUCAGAUCCAUCGAAUAUAUCUGGUUUGGCACAUUUCUGUGAACACAUGCUGUUUCUGGGCACUAAGAAGUAUCCGAAAGAGAACGAGUACAGUCAGUUCUUGAGUGAGCACGCAGGUAGCUCCAACGCCUUCACCAGCGGAGAGCACACCAACUACUACUUCGACGUGUCCCAUGAGCACCUGCAGGGGGCGCUGGAUAGGUUUGCACAGUUCUUCUUGUGUCCUCUCUUUGACGAGAGCUGUAAGGACCGUGAAGUGAAUGCUGUGGACUCUGAGCAUGAGAAGAACCUGAUGAAUGAUGCCUGGAGACUCUUUCAGCUGGAGAAGGCCACCGGGAACCCUGAUCACCCAUUUAGCAAAUUUGGGACAGGUAACAAAUUGACUUUGGAGACUAGACCGUCACAAGAUGGCAUUGACAUUCGUCAGGAGCUGCUGAAAUUCCACUCCACUUUUUAUUCUUCGAACCUGAUGGGACUUUGUGUUCUGGGGAGAGAAUCUCUGGAUGAGUUGACUUCUAUGGUUGUUAAGCUGUUUGGAGAGGUGGAGAACAAAUCGGUGCCUAUCCCAGAGUUCCCUGUGCAUCCUUUCCAGGAAGAGCAUCUUAGGCAAUUUUACAAGGUCGUACCCAUUAAGGACAUCAGGAACCUGUAUGUGACCUUCCCUAUUCCAGACCUGCAGAAAUAUUACAAGUCUAACCCUGGACAUUAUCUGGGCCACCUGAUAGGACAUGAAGGUCCAGGCAGCCUGCUGUCUGAGUUGAAAGCUAAAGGCUGGGUAAACACUUUAGUUGGAGGCCAGAAAGAGGGAGCUAGAGGUUUCAUGUUCUUCAUUAUCAAUGUGGAUUUAACAGAAGAAGGUCUAUUGCAUGUAGAAGACAUCAUCUUUCACAUGUUCCAGUACAUCCAGAAGCUGUGUACAGAGGGCCCUCAGGAGUGGGUCUUCCAGGAAUGUAAGGAUUUGAACGCGGUAGCCUUCAGAUUCAAGGAUAAGGAACGUCCGCGUGGAUACACCUCUAAAGUGGCUGGACUGUUGCAUUACUAUCCACUGGAGGAGAUUCUUGCAGCAGAGUACAUGUUGGAGGAUUUCAGACCAGACCUUAUAGAGAUGGUGCUGGAUAAGCUGAGACCAGAGAAUGUCAGGGUCGCUGUCGUCUCCAAGUCAUUUGAAGGACAGACUGACAAGACAGAAGAGUGGUACGGAACACAGUACAAACAGGAAUCUAUCUCUGAUGAGGUCAUCAAGAAAUGGCAAAACGCUGACUUGAAUGGCAAGUUCAAACUCCCCAUGAGGAAUGAGUUCAUCCCUACCAACUUUGAGAUUUAUCCGCUCGAGAAGGACUCUCCGUCCUAUCCCACGCUGAUCAAGGACACGGCGAUGAGUAAAGUGUGGUUCAAGCAGGAUGACAAAUUCUUCCUGCCCAAAGCCUGUCUGAACUUUGAGUUCUUCAGUCGCUACCUAUAUGCAGACCCCCUCCACUGCAACAUGACCUACCUGUUUCUCAGAUUGUUGAAGGAUGAUUUAAAAGAGUAUACUUAUGCAGCCCGACUGGCAGGGCUGACCUAUGGCAUAGCCUCAGCAAUGAAUGCCAUUAUCCUCUCAGUUAAGGGCUAUAAUGACAAACAACACAUCCUGCUCAAGAAGAUCAUUGAGAAAAUGGCCACGUUUGAGAUUGAUGAGAAACGCUUUGACAUCAUCAAGGAGGCGUAUAUGAGAUCUCUGAAUAAUUUCCGAGCGGAGCAGCCUCACCAGCAUGCCAUGUACUACCUGCGUCUGCUCAUGACUGAGGUGGCCUGGACCAAAGACGAGCUCAAGGAAGCACUGGAUGAUGUCACCCUGCCCCGCCUCAAGGCCUUCAUACCUCAGCUGUUGUCACGGUUACACAUUGAAGCCCUGCUGCAUGGUAACAUCACCAAACAGUCUGCUCUCAGUAUGAUGCAGAUGGUGGAGGAUACUCUGAUUGAGCAUGCUCACACCAAGCCCCUCCUCCCCAGCCAGCUGAUUCGCUACAGAGAGGUGCAGGUGCCUGAUGGUGGCUGGUAUGUUUACCAGCAGAGGAAUGAGGUCCAUAAUAACUGUGGCAUAGAGAUCUACUAUCAGACAGACAUGCAGACCACCCAUGAGAACAUGCUGCUGGAGCUCUUCUGCCAGAUCGUCUCGGAGCCCUGCUUCAAUACGCUACGCACCAAGGAACAGCUAGGUUAUAUCGUGUUCAGUGGGCCCCGCAGGGCUAACGGCGUGCAGGGCCUUCGGUUCAUCAUCCAGUCUGAGAAGGCUCCUCAUUACCUGGAGUCACGAGUGGAGGCCUUCCUGAAGACCAUGGAGAAGAGUGUGGAGGAGAUGGGUGAGGAGGCCUUCCAGAAACACAUUCAGGCUCUGGCAAUCCGCCGCCUGGACAAGCCCAAGAAACUCGCAGCGGAGUGCGCCAAGUACUGGGGCGAGAUCAUAUCCCAGCAGUACAACUUCGACAGAGAUAACAUUGAAGUUGCCUACCUGAAGACGUUAACUAAGGACAACAUCAUGCAGUUUUACAGGGAUCUUUUGGCUAUAGAUGCUCCUAAGAGGCACAAGGUGUCUGUGCAUGUGCUGUCUCGGGAAAUGGACUCCUGCCCAGUGGUGGGUGAAUUCCCUGCUCAGAAUGAUGUCAAUCUGGCUCCUGCUCCCUCCCUGCCUCAGCCGGUGUUGGUGCAGGACAUGACUGAAUUUAAGAGGAGUCUUCCUCUCUUCCCACUCGCGAAACCUCACAUCAACUUCAUGGCUGCCAAACUGUGAGCGGCACCAGCAACAAUGCAUCAGGGGAACUGGCUGAGACAAGCAGCGUGAAGUUCUCCUGAGUUCAGAGCCAGUAACACCAUCUUCUGUGGGUGUGGGGUGUGUGUGGGGUGUGUGUGGGGUGUGUGUGAGAGUGUGAGUGAUCUAGCGGAGCCAUAGCAGUGGUAAUUCACCAUGUUAGCAGCGCUCUACUUCAUAGCUCAGCCACUAAGGAGCUGCAUAAAGUCACUUCACUUAGGAUGUCAGUUGUACAAGUAAACACACAUUGUGAAGACUGUUUUAGAAUAUCCAAAAAAAAAAAAAAUCAUAUUUCCCUAAUCAGGAACAUUUCAUUUAGGUGUCGACCACAGGGACAUUUUUACAGUGUUUGAUCACAGUGAAAGGUUAAAUCUUUCAUUUCCAACAUGCUGGAAAGUGUUUUCUUUACUUCUGAAACAUUUUGGCAGUUUAUACCUUUUUAUGCUUACUCAGAAUUUGGUAAAUGCAUUGAUGUUGUUUUUCUUUCCCAGUUUUUCCCUUUUGUGUGCAGUUUGAACACUGACAGCUUAUAUUAGAAUAAGAAGUGGACGUCUUCAGGAGCAGCUUGCUCUACACAAAGGCAGGGAAAUAUGAUAAAAGAUGUGAGGUUUGCUCUUUGUUCUCUAUUUAUUACAUUUACAUAUGAAGUAAACAAAUCAGCUGUGGUUGUUUUAGAAGUAAUUUUUAUUUUUUUUUGAGGCAAGGCUGCCCAUCGAACUUACCUAGUCUUCAUGACUGCAAAUCUCCUCUCAUGUUCUGAUUGUUUGGCUUCUUUCUCCUGUAAUCUAGCACGAUGGUAUCUAUUGAACAGCAUCAGUCAAUAGAUAAUGCAUGAAAAGAUGUCAAAUGCAGCACUGAGGCUUAUAACACUGCAGAACGACUGAGCAUGCACUGUCAGAGUUGUCAGAAAGGCUGGUAUUUUGAUUCAGGGUAGCCUGAGGACCUGAAUUUCUUACAGUGUUCAAACUGCAUACAGUCAGGACAAAAUGGCAUCAAUGGAUUCAGCCGACUUUGAGUAAACGGAGAAAAGAACUUGAGUGCCAGGAUGUUGUUAUUGAGCCCAUUCGCCCAAAACUUUCACAUCUUUUUUUGAGUUUGAAAAAGCUUGUGCAGCAAAUUGUCUACGAAUGGUUUAUGUACUGACAAUAUUUUGGCCUUAAGAAAGAAAUAUUUUAAUCAAUGAUCGGGUUUUUAAAAUCUGACAUACUAUUUUUUAUUUUAAGUUGUUGAAUGUUGGGUUGCUUUGGAGGAGCUGUUUUAGGCUACUGAAUAGAUGGGCAUGAACUUCAGUUUUAUCAGAUCGCUUUCUUAAGGAUGAUGUUGGCCUGCUUAAGGUGGCUCCGUUAUGGUUUUUAAUUUUAUUUGAGGUUGAAGGAGAACUAUAAUAAAUGAUUUUUAAAUAUCAUUUUCAUUUUGUUAUUUUUGACGCAACUUUUCCAAAGUCUUCAAAGUGGCAGUCGUUUUCCGUAAAUGAAUCGGAAUGAAAUCCGAACAUGGCUGAAGAGUUAUCCUUCAUUUUACACUUUCUCUCAUUUUUGUGUUUGUGCAUGACAGGCUGGUCAGUCAUGGGCCCUUAAAUUCUGGCUUAGUCUGACCAGGGCAGCGUCUCAACUUUGAGCCUUCCAAACCGAUUCUUUUAUCCAGAUGCUGGAAUCUUGAUCUUUAAGUAGGCUCAAAGGUGAACAUGGAUGCCCAUAUGUUGCCCUUUAAUGUGGUUUAAUUGAAGAUAAAAAAACUAGUGUUGCUGGACAACUAAAGUCUUUAAUGUAAAUAUGCAUCUGACUUUAUAAGCAAUAACGUCACAGGACCUGUGGCUUGUCUUAAACUCUUCACUGCGCUGGGGAACUGCUGUAGUUCACGAGCACGUUGGACGAGGUCCUGCAUGUGCUAUCAAGUCCUAAUAAGGCCAGUGAUGUUAGGAAGCAUUGCAAAAGCUUUUUUGUUGUCUCUGCAUGCUGCGAGUGUUAGUUAGGCAUAGUCACGUGACCUUUCGUGACCUUAUCUCUCAGGUUUCGAGUAGCGUUGCCAAGCAAAACCACUGCAGACAGCUUGUUUUUUUUUGUUUUCCCUACAGCAGAGAACAGCUUUAUUUGAUCUCCUGGAUGUUCUCAGGCCUACUGAAUCAACUGUAAUGCUGCAUUUUCUAGAGAGCAACACAACUGUGUACCGUCACCAUAAUUUGUAGUUGUAUCAUCUUUGCAAUUAUGUAGGUUCUUGAUUUCUGUUAGUUCUACAGAAUCUAUAAUCAGUACUUGACCAGUUAAGAGUAGUACAGGAAGUGUCGUCAACAUGUUCAGCAUUUUAAGGUGUUAAACCACUAAUACAUAGAAUCUCAGGCAUCUCAACUUUUUCUUUCUUAAUUCCCAAAGGUACCGCCUCACUUUACAGCAGGUAACGGAUUCUGUCAUGGUGUACAGUCAGGUCAGGCACUAGCUUUAAAUAGGAAUUCCACAGAUUUGUUUAAAUCUUUCUGCAUAAUUAAAUCGUUAAGAUGCAAACACAGUCUUUGAGUGGUUUGAAAUGACUUGUUGUGGAGAAACAUGGUUUUACUGACAGUGGUGGUGAUGAACCAGGGGUUGCGAUGUCUGCAGUGCAAGUAGAGCCAUUUUAUUUACUGUUUAAACAACCCGUGAACCUACACGUAUGAGUUUUUAAAUGUAGAUGAUGAUGUUGUUGAUGAUACCAUAGUGGUAAAUCUGAAAAAAAAAAAAGGGAAUUUCUUUGGGGGACGGUUUUACUUUCUAAUGUCCUGUAUGUACCUCUCCAGCAUGAAUGGAUUUAAAAAUUAUACCAAAACCUAAUCUCAAAACUAUCAUAAAAGUGUCUCAGGUGUCAGACAUGUUCAUAGCCGUUUAGUGUAACGGCUUUUAGAGGCGUCAAGCGCUUCAGACGUCUGGUUCCUAUUACCACCACUGUGAACAAUUCGGACUCACUGUUUGUCUAUCAAACCACUCUGAAUCACUUUGUAUACAUCUUAACCAUCAGUGGAAUUCCCCCCCUUUAACUGUCUUUCUAUGUAACACAUUUUCAAUGUCUCUUGUAUCCAAGUCUUUGCUUGUUGCUUGUCAGCUCUGUAGAACCUCACAGAAACAGUGUUUUAAAAGCUGCCAUCAAGAUACUAAAGAAAGAUUUCCAUUGGUUGAAGAAGCAUGAGUUGGGCUGCAGUAUGAAGCUGAAAAAGAAGCAUGAUUUUGGUGAUUUUGAUCAUGAGUUCUUCAGUACAACUGAUCAGUAUUUGCCAGUAAAUACUCGUGUGAGGUCUGAACUCCCUUCCCCAAACCUUUGAGAGAAAAGUGGUCGAGAAAUGGCGAGUGCCAGCAGCCAUCAUUUGAAAGAUUUGUUGGAAAGUGACCCACUGAAGCUCCAAUCCAUCGGGACGGGUGGUGUUUGACAUUUAGUGAAUGGUACUGGUGUGUUUGAGAGAAAUUUUGUGUUUUAAUAAGAUUAAAAUGUAUGAAAAUAA